CACAUCGCUAGUGCACCUACGCACUCAUUACAAGGUGGCAGCGCCGUACCGUGACGUUUGGUUCAGCUGUCGUCGUACCGAAAAUGGCUGCAAUUGUGCGAUUUAAUUUGUUAUCAAAGCCGCAAAUUGUUGCGGCUUUGCCUGCCAGCGUGCAACUGCGACUGCAGAGCACCCAGGCUCCACCACCUGGCACUCCUCCCCCACAGACAAAAACAACAUUUGGACCUCUGGCGGAUGAGGAUCGCAUCUUCAGCAAUUUGUAUGGACGCCACGAUUGGCGCCUGAAGGGCGCUCUGAAGCGUGGCGAUUGGUACAAGACCAAGGAGAUUGUCUUGAAGGGUCCGGAUUGGAUCAUUAAUGAGAUCAAGACAUCGGGCUUGCGUGGACGUGGUGGCGCUGGUUUCCCCAGCGGCAUGAAAUGGUCCUUCAUGAACAAGCCAUCAGAUGGUCGCCCCAAAUAUUUGGUUGUCAACGCAGAUGAGGGCGAGCCCGGCACUUGCAAAGAUCGCGAAAUUAUGCGCCACGACCCACACAAACUGGUUGAGGGCUGUUUGAUUGCUGGUCGCGCCAUGGGCGCACAAGCUGCAUACAUUUAUAUUCGCGGCGAAUUCUACAAUGAGGCUAGUAACAUGCAAUUGGCCAUUGCUGAGGCUUACCAAGCUGGCCUGAUUGGCAAAAACGCCUGUGGUUCUGGCUAUAAUUUCGACGUCUUCAUGCAUCGCGGCGCUGGCGCUUAUAUUUGUGGUGAGGAGACCGCACUUAUUGAGUCUCUGGAGGGAAAACAGGGCAAGCCACGCUUGAAGCCGCCAUUCCCUGCCGAUGUGGGUGUCUUCGGAUGUCCCACCACAGUCACCAAUGUGGAGACAGUGGCCGUGGCUCCUAGUAUCUGUCGUCGUGGUGGCACUUGGUUUGCCAGUUUCGGACGCACGCGUAAUUCGGGCACGAAGCUCUUCAAUAUUUCGGGUCAUGUGAACACGCCCUGCACAGUUGAGGAAGAAAUGUCCAUACCGCUUAAGGAGCUGAUUGAACGUCAUGCAGGUGGUGUGAUUGGUGGCUGGGAUAAUCUUCUGGGUGUCAUACCGGGUGGCUCGUCUACACCCAUCAUACCGAAGAAUGUGUGCGAUGAUGUGAUUAUGGAUUUCGAUGGCCUGAUUGCAGCUCAAACCUCGCUAGGCACAGCUGCUAUCAUUGUCAUGGAUAAGUCGACCGAUGUGAUCAAGGCCAUAGCGCGUUUGAUUUCCUUCUACAAGCAUGAGAGCUGUGGUCAAUGCACACCUUGCCGUGAGGGUAUUGGCUGGAUGAAUAAGAUAAUGACGCGCUUUGUCAAGGGCGAUGCGCAACCCGCUGAGAUUGAUAUGCUGUGGGAGAUUUCCAAACAAAUCGAGGGACACACCAUUUGCGCCUUAGGCGAUGGUGCCGCUUGGCCAGUGCAGGGCCUCAUACGUCAUUUCAGGCCCGAGAUUGAGUCCCGAAUGCAGAAGUACGCGCAGCAAACACAGCGCGCCAGCAAUUAAAUACAUGUUAUAGCUAAUUUUAUUGAUUUCAACUAUGUCUAAAUACCGCGUUUUUGGUCUAUUAGCCAAAAUAAAAUACGAAGCCUAAUGCAAAAAAAUAAAAUGUAAAGUUCUCUAAACAAAACAA